AUGGAAGAUUUAGAUGAAUUAGACAGGCUUUCUGAGAAAUUCAAAGCUGAAGGAAAAUACGUUGAUGCCCUUGAUAUUGUUGAACGAGGCCUAAAUAUUCGAAAAGUGAGGUUUGGAGAAGACAGCCAAGAAGUAAAAAAAAGUUAUCACAAAUUAUGCGAACUUUGCAAUAUUCUAGCAACCCAUUAUCUUCAGCGAGACGAUUCAGAUUUAGCUUUUGAUCUAUUGAAAAGAGCUGAACUUUUAUGUGAAACUGAUGAUCAUGCUAGAGCGAUAACUUACAAUAACCUCGCUUGCUAUUAUAGGAAAACUGGAAAAGCAAGGGUAGCUUUAACGUAUUUAAAAAAAGCUCUAGCGCUCGAUAAUGACACACCGAAUACUCAUUUAAACUUGUGUGCCUCUCUUUCACAGAUUGACAAGCAUGAAAAAGCCUUAGAGCAUGCUAUGCAAGCUGUCAUACUUUUGCAAGAUCUUUUCAUAACGACCACUCAAGCAAAUCAAGGCUUUGAAGAGCAUGCACCUGUUUUAGCUAUUGCUUAUCAUAAUAUGGCAGUAGAACUCGAAUAUUUAAAAAGAACGAACGAAGCUAUAACUAUGUAUCAAAAAGCUGUGGAUUUUGCAAAGAAAAAUUUGCCAGUAGGACACCCUGUGAUUGAUAGCGUUCAACGAGUGCUUCAUAAUGCUACAAAAGAUGUAGAAGAGCAUAAAGAAAAAACUAUUAAAAGAAGGCAGAAAAAUUCAUCAAAGACCCAGUUUUAUGCGAAUAAGAAAAUGGAUAAAAAGGAUUCAAGAAGAGAAAUUGAUGAAGAAAGAAGCUAUGAUAGCAAAAGAAAAACAUUAUCCACAGAUCCUGCUGCAAGACCGGGACGGACUGGGGAUAAUUAUGAGCCGAAAUCCACUCAAAAUCAAGAAGGUCCUAAAUCUAAUUUAAUUGAAUAA